CCACGUGAGUCAGCGUGCAAGGCCCCGCCCCCGCAGCCGCGGAGGGAUUUGGAGGGGCCGGGGCUGUCCUCGGGCCGCCAGUGGUGUGGCGGCCAAACAAGCAGAGUGGGAAGGUAGCGAGGGGCUAGGGCUGGCCUGAGAGUUGGGGCUAGGAAGUAGGUGCCCGACAUCGACCCGCCCUGCCCCUCCCAAGUGAGGCUCAUUGCCCCCUCUGCUUGAAUCACCAGCACCUUGCAGGUCCCUCCCCACCCAGGUGGCGCUCAUCCGUGGGCCGGCAGGGGCGGGGCUGGGCGAGAUUCAGGGAGGGGGGCUGGGCUGGGGUGUGAUGGAGGCCGAGCCUGCGCCGGACCUCUCCAUGAUGCUGCGAGAACUGCUGGCGCCGUCCUGUCUGGACCCCGAGCCCCGCCCCGGACCCCCCACCCAGCAGGCGCCAAGGACUCCAAGAUGCUUCAGAGCCAGUGGCAGGUCUUUCUGGCCUGCGCACCAGGACUCAGUCACUGCCCUGCACUUCCUCCAAGACACAGCAGAGGAGCCGACCCAGCCCCGCGCUGGGAACACUCAGGCCCUAGAACCCUGCUGGGAGCUGAAGGCCCUGGGGACGGUGGGACCCCAACUUCUGGCUGGGGAUGCCAGGGCUAUGCUGACCCCAAUCAACCAGCAACACUGCAGCCUGGGACCCCCAGGGUCUCCCCCAGCCCCUUCCGCCCCACCACAGAGGAGAUCCCGGAAGCAGUUGAAUCCUCACCAGGGCGCCGAGAAAGUGGACCCCCAGUUCGAGGGGGUGACAUUGAAGUUUCAGAUAAAGCCGGAUUCCAGCCUACAGAUCAUACCCAGCUACAGUCUGGCCUGCAGCAGCCGCUCUCAGGGUCCCACUACAGGCCCUGGUGGGGGCCCUGAGGCCAACCUGGGAGGCAGCGAGGCCCUGGGACCCCGGCGCUGUGCUUCCUGUAGGACCCAGAGGACCCCACUCUGGAGAGAUGCUGAAGAUGGUACCCCUCUCUGCAAUGCCUGUGGUAUCAGGUACAAGAAAUAUGGCACCCGGUGUUCCAGCUGCUGGCUGGUUCCCAGGAAAAAUGUCCAGCCCAAGAGAUUAUGUGGCAGAUGCGGGGUGUCCCUGGGCCCCCACCAAGGCCCAACUCAGGAAGGGGACCAUAGACGGAAGACCCAGGCCUCAGGCCCCAGAGCUCCUGUCUCAGGGCGUCACUGGCCCCCUUCUUGGCCCCUGCUCCAAUCAGGCUUGGCGGAGCCCCCCCUCAGGAAAUGCUCUCAGCAGUGACACUCAUACUGUUACUAGCAGGGACAAUAAAGAGCAAAACUAUUCAGCAG